AUGGCGACACCUCCCUCUUCUCCACCCGUGCACCGCGAUGGAGCCCCCCAGAGCCCGAGCUCGGCGCAUCCGGAUGCGGGCGAUGGGGAGGAGGAAGAGGAGGAGGAGGAGGAGGAGGUGAUGGCGUCCCCCCGGUGUCCCCCCAUGGAGGAGGAAGAGGAGGAGGCGACGGCGGCGGCGGCGUCCCCCCGGUGUCCCCCUAUGGAGGAAGAAGAGGAGGAGGAAGAGGAGGAGGUGACGGCGGCGUCGGCAUCCCCCCGGUGUCCCCCCAUGGAGGAAGAGGAGGCGGCGGCGGCGGCAUCCCUCCAGUGUCCCCCCAUGGAGGAAGAAGAGGAAGAGGAGGAGGAAGAGGAGGAGGUGACGGCGGUGACGGCGGCCACGUCGUCGCUGUGGUGCCGGCGCGGCGCCGACGAGGACGUGACGGCGGCCGGGUGGCGGUGCCGCCGCAAACACGUCUUCGUGCUGAGCGAGGCCGGGAAGCCCAUCUACUCCCGGCACGGCAACGAGGAGGCCUUGGCGGCCACCAUGGGCGUCAUGAUGGCUUUGGUGUCCUUCAUCCAGAGCGGGGGCAACGCCAUCCGGGCCAUCUGCUCUGAGGACCGCACGCUGGUGUUCGAGCAGCGGGGCCCGCUGCUGCUGGUGUCGGUGUCGCGCACGCGGCAGUCGGCGGCGCAGCUCCGCCGCGAGCUGGCCUUCGUGCACGAGCAGAUCCAGCUGCUGACGCGCGGCGGCAUCAGCCGCGUCUUCGCCCGCCGCCGCGGCUACGACCUCCGCCGCCUGCUCGCCGGCGCCGAAGCCGUCCUCGACCGCCUGCUGGCCGGCGCCGCCGCCGACGGCCGCCUCUUGCUGGGGGCCGCCCGGUGCUUGCCGUUACCGGCGCCUCUCCGGCGAGCCCUAUCCGGCGCCUUGCGCCGCGCCGCCGCCGCCGCCGUCCCCGCGCCCGCCUUGGCCUUGCUGGCCGCCCGUGGCAGGUUGGUGACGGCGGCGCGGCAGCGGGCGCUGGCUGAAGGAGGCCGCUUGUGUGCCAGCGACCUCCACCUCCUGCUCAACCUCUUGGCGAGCGGCGUGGGCGCGGGCGAGGUGUGGACCCCCGUGUGCCUGCCCCGCUUCAACCCCGACGGGUACUUCUACGCCUACGCGGCGACGCUGGGCGACGACGACGACGGUGACGGUGACGACGGCCAUGGCGUGAGGCUCAUCCUGCUGUCCACCGAGCGUGAAGGCUUCUACGCGGCGGCCGGGUGGAGGCAGCUGGAAGAGGCGCUGAGGGCCCAAGGGUGGCUGCGGGAGCUGAGCGCCGCCGUCAAGGGGGGAGCAGGAUACGGCCCCGCUCGCCCCGGCGCUCCCGAGCUCCGGCAUUUCCUCUACAAGCCUUUGGAAGGGCCCGAAGAGAUGCAGCAGCUGCCGCAGUUUACAAGCCCCGAGCUGGAGGAGCCCUACAGCAGCGAGGAGGAGCAGCAGCGGCUCUUCGACCUCUACCAUUACCUGCACAGCCGCGUGCACAGCCCGCACCGGCCCCUGCGCCUCCUCUACCACGUGGCCGAGAAGGAGACGCUGUUGGCAUGGGUGACCCCCAAGUUCGAGCUCUACGGCUGCUUCAGCCCCUUGGUGAGCAAGGCGGGCGCCAUCGCGGUGCUCACCAAGCUCCUGCGCUGGCUCAAGAAGGAGGAGGACUGGCUCUUCAUCCGCUACCCCGCGCCAUACUGUGCCGCGGCCCGCGCCGACGGCGCCGACCCCGAGGGAUGAACGGGGGGGGGAA